CAUUUAGAUUUUUAGAGAGGGAGAGAAAUAGGGAGAGAGAGAGAGAGAGAGCGAGAGGGUCUUAGAGAGUGAGAAAUAGUGAGGCAAAACUGGAAAAUUACUGCAAAUUUUUCCACAGAAAACCCCCUGAUCUUUCCAACAUUUACGAAUUCACCAUCUCUCUUGGCGCGCUUAGGUUUCACAAAUUGAUCUGAAUGAGCAGUUUAGGGUUUAGGUCCGUGGUCUAUCACGGCGAGCUGUGCUUGGGUGAGCUCGACGCUAUUCCGGUGACGGAGGGGAAAUUUCAGUUCCCGAACAACGAGAUUCGAAUCCAUCACAUAUCGCAGCAAAGUGAACGCUGUCCACCCCUCUCAGUUCUCCAAACGAUUUCCUCAUUUUCGGUUAGAUGCAAGCUCGAAUCGGCCACCCCUGUUGAACAGCCUCAUUUGAUCAACCUCCACGCCUCCUGUUUCUACGAGCUCAAGACGGCGGUAGUGUUGGUUGGGAAUGAAGAGAUUCACUUGGUGGCAAUGCCAAGUAAGCAGAAAAAGUUUCCGUGCUUUUGGUGCUAUUCGGUUCCUUUAGGUCUGUAUAAUGCUUCUCUUGGAAUGCUGAACCCAAGGUGUCUCUCAAUUGUAUUUGAUCUCGACGAGACUCUAAUUGUUGCCAACACAAUGAAGUCGUUUGAGGAUAGAAUUGAGGCUUUACGAAGCUGGAUUGCACGAGAGAGUGAAACGUCGCGAAUAGCCGGAAUGUCUAAUGAAAUGAAACGUUACAUUGACGAUAGGUGGUUGUUGAGGCAGUAUAUAGAUAAUGAUUGUGUGGUGGAUAACGGACAGGUGUAUAAGAUUCAAAUGGAGGAGGUUCCUCCACUGUCAGGUAACCACGAGAGAAUCCGUCGGCCCAUCGUUAGGUUGCCAGACAGGAACAUCGUGCUCACUCGCAUCAAUCCCGAGGUUCGUGAUACAAGUGUGCUGGUCAGGUUACGGCCUGCGUGGGAAGAUCUGAGAAGUUAUUUAACAGCAAAAGGACGCAAGCGGUUUGAAGUUCAUGUCUGUACGAUGGCUGAAAGGGACUAUGCAUUAGAAAUGUGGAGGCUUCUAGACCCAGAAGGACAACUAAUAGGUUCAAAGCAACUUCUUGACCGUGUUGUUUGUGUCAAAUCAGGUUCGCGGAAAUCUUUACUCAAUGUCUUCCAACUUGGAACGUGCCAUCCAAAGAUGGCCAUGGUUAUUGAUGAUCGUUCAAAGGUCUGGGAAGAUAAGGAUCAACCUCGAGUUCAUGUAGUUCCAGCUUUUACUCCUUAUUAUGCUCCUCAAGCAGAGACAGCAAAUGCCGUUCCUGUCCUCUGUGUAGCAAGAAAUGUUGCAUGCAAUGUCAGGGGCUGCUUUUUUAAAGAGUUCGAUGAAAUUUUCUUGCGAAGAAUUUCUGAAGUUUUUUAUGAAGAUGAGGUGGUAAAUUUACCUCCUUCUCCUGAUGUGAGCAAUUACUUGAUAUCAGAGGAUGCUGGUUUUGUACCAAAUGGAAUUGCUCCCUUUAGUGAAGGAAUGCAUGGUGGUGAAGUUGAACGGAGAUUGAACCAACCUGAUGAUAAGGGUGUUAUGGACUCAAUGGCUUAUUCUAAUCAUGCUGAGUUAAGACCUGACAACUCCCAGAAACCUGUAGCAACUGUCCUCAAUGUCCCUGGUGCAACAUCUUUGAGACCGGUCAUGCCUACUCAGAAACCUAGUUUGCUUGGACCUCUUGUUAGACGAGACAGCUUUUCUGAUCGUGAUAAUAACAUGAAGAGAGGACUUCUUGGUACAAAUCCUUGCCUAGAUAUAAGGAGUCAAAGCUCUGGUGAACCCCCAAAUUCAUCUAGAGUACCUGCACAAACUUCAGCAUCCACAGUACAUGCACAAGGAGGAUGGUUGGUGGAUGAUGACAAUAAAAGAGGACAUUUAAGUUUUCGACCUCCUGUUUCUGGUCAAGAGUCUGAUGUCUUAAAACUUGAGAAGCUGAUUCACCAGAAUCCGUUUAGUCUUAAUAAACAGUCUGCUCCGACUGGUUUACUCUCUCAGACAUCUGAGGCAAGGAGGGAAGAGGUUAGCUCUGGACAUGAUUUCCCAAAGCAAAAUCUUCCUUUUCCAAGUGUGUUAUCAGAGGCUGGUGUGUCUCAGAAUCAGGCAUCUUCUUUUAAAAAAGAAUCUGGAAAAGUGAACGCGCUGCCGUCCCCUUUAUCUAUUGGUGUGCUGCAGGAAAUCGGACGGAGAUGCGGCUCAAAGGUUGAAUUUAAGGCUGUUAUAAGCACCAGUAACGAUUUGCAGUUUUCUUUUGAGGUGCUCUUCACUGGGGAGAAGAUUGGUUUUGGAACAGGAAGGACAAGAAAGGAUGCUCAACAACAGGCUGCUGAGAAUGCACUUCACAGCUUGGCUGAAAAAUAUGUCUCAUAUAUUGCACCGCAAUCUGGAGCAGUGGACAAAGAUUUUGAUAAACUCUCUCUUGGAAAUGAAAACGGAUUUGUUUUGGACAUAGUUGGUCCAGGAUCAGCUGAGGGGCUAACGGAAGAUGGAUUGCCAAAAGAAAGUACUUCUGAGGCUUCUGAAGGUGAGCCUGGGAGCUCUUCUACUGUGGCGAGUCAGCAAGUUCAAAAGCGUGCCAAUUCCCCAAGGUUGCUACAGUCUCUUUCGAAUAAACGAUCCAAGGAAGAACUAGCGGGCGGUCCACGAAACCUAUCAUAUUCUCGGCUGAGGAAGGGCCCUAAAGACAAACCUCAGGACUGAAGUCAUCACAAUCAAGUCCUUCUGCUAGUGCAUCCUCCCUCUCGGAGAAAUGAGGUGACGAUCCCACAAAGUCCAAUGGAACCAUCUUUCUCUGGUUUACAAUUAGCAGUGACAGAGAGGGAGAGGAGAGAAAAAGGAGCGGGCUUUCGAGGCAUAACUUGGCAUCUCAUACUACUCGAAGUAUCUCUUUCACUUGGCGUAGUUGUUUUAAAUAUUGCAAAGGUGAAGGAGUAUUUGUAAUAUUGUUGUUGGAAAGGUGGGCUAUGAUUUUUUUUCCCAUUUUGCCCCCAUCUUUUCCUGCUUACAUAGUGAUAUUCCAGUUGAAUGUGGGGAACUUGGGGAUUGUCAUCUCUUCUUGUUCAGGGCAUCUUAGGUUUAACAUCAUGUUAUGAUCCUCUACCUCCCUUCCGAGCACUAUUGUACAGUAGACUCAUACAAGUUUUAGUUACUUGAAGCGUUUGCAGAUGACUUUUUCCAAUGUUAUUUUCAUGAGUCUACAAACGUAUAACAGCUUCAA